GGCGGCUGCACGACGAGCGGCGGCCUGGCGACGGUGCCGCCCCGCUGGGUCCACCGGUCCCGCUCCAUCGCCGUCUCAUUUCCGCACCCGCAGUUGCCCCGCCGGCGCGACCUCUUGCACCAUGUCGGUGGCCGGGCUUAAGAAGCAAUUCCACAAAGCCACUCAGAAAGUAAGUGAGAAGGUUGGAGGAGCUGAAGGAACCAAGCUAGAUGAUGACUUCAAAGAGAUGGAGAGGAAAGUGGAUGUCACCAGCAGGGCUGUGAUGGAAAUAAUGACUAAAACAAUUGAAUACCUUCAACCUAAUCCAGCUUCCAGAGCUAAGCUCAGCAUGAUCAACACCAUGUCAAAAAUCCGUGGCCAGGAGAAGGGGCCAGGCUAUCCUCAGGCAGAGGCACUACUUGCAGAGGCCAUGCUCAAGUUUGGAAGGGAGCUUGGAGAUGAUUGCAACUUUGGUCCAGCACUUGGUGAGGUAGGGGAGGCCAUGCGGGAACUUUCAGAAGUGAAAGACUCUUUGGACAUGGAAGUGAAGCAGAACUUCAUUGACCCUCUUCAGAAUCUUCAUGACAAAGAUUUGAGGGAAAUUCAGCAUCAUCUAAAGAAGUUGGAAGGUCGACGCCUGGACUUUGAUUAUAAGAAGAAACGACAAGGCAAGAUUCCAGAUGAAGAGCUCCGUCAAGCUCUGGAGAAAUUUGAUGAGUCUAAAGAAAUUGCUGAGUCAAGCAUGUUCAAUCUUUUGGAGAUGGAUAUUGAACAGGUGAGCCAGCUCUCUGCGCUUGUGCAAGCCCAGCUGGAGUACCACAAGCAGGCAGUGCAGAUCCUGCAGCAGGUCACAGUCAGACUGGAGGAAAGAAUAAGACAAGCUUCAUCUCAGCCUAGAAGAGAAUAUCAGCCUAAACCUCGAAUGAGCCUGGAGUUUUCAACUGGAGACAGCACGCAGCCCAAUGGAGGCCUCUCCCACACCGGCACUCCUAAGCCUGCAGGUGUCCCAAUGGAUCAGCCCUGCUGCCGAGCUCUGUAUGACUUUGAACCUGAAAAUGAAGGGGAGUUGGGUUUUAAAGAGGGUGACAUCAUCACACUCACCAACCAAAUUGAUGAGAACUGGUAUGAGGGGAUGCUUCAUGGCCAGUCAGGCUUCUUCCCCAUCAAUUAUGUAGAAAUUCUGGUUGCCCUACCCCAUUAGAAAAUUAUGCUGGCUGGCUCACCUUUUCUUGACCCAGAUAGUUAAGUUUAACCACUGCUUUGAUAAUGCUGCUUUACAACACAUCUUGAGUGCAGGCCGCAGUGGACCAAGUCAUCAUGCCCCACAAGUGUCUUGGGUUGACUUGUGUGCUCCCACAGGAGCCUUGGUGACGGAUGGUAUCUUCCAAGCCUGGUGGGCAUGGCAUGUGCUUUUAAACACUAUCUGAGACUAGCUGGUAGUCACAGAACUACUGUUUACCCAGUUCUCAGGAGGCUGUGGUCUCUUAGAAUAUGACCAUGAGCCACAUCACAGAAAAACCAUCCUACUGAAGAUAUUGUCUAUCACCUAGGGGCCAUUCAGACCUCAACUUCUUCAUUCAAAGAGGAGAAAGUUCUUUCUUUUUCACUUUGUCCCUUCCUAAAUAUGUGAGGCAUGGAAUUGUCAAAAAAGCCUCCCUCACCAGCAAAUUGUCUUCUGGUCUGAAUGAAUUAGUUUCCUGAUGCCAGCAGUAGAAAAGUAUUAUUGAUGGGCUCAGAGCAUUUCUCUGGAAACAGUCACUUUUUUCUCCCCAUUGAUGCCUAUUUCUGAGAUACAGCCUGUUUUCUUUACUCCCUGUUAUUAAAUCCAGUGGGCCAGGGGAGAGAGAUACUCAUUUAUUUUGAAGUGAGACAGCAAUCGGCAUAUUGUAGAAAGGGCUGAAAAGAAGAAGUUCUCCAUUAUGAGGAAUUGGGAAAAGAUCUGGUUUUCAAGCUCAAAUUUCUUACUGUACAGAAGCCAUGUACAUAUUUAGACCAUAUCUGGAGGGUACAGGGAAGGGGGAACAGUUAUCUUCCCUUCAGUUUUAUUCAUGAAUUAUAUGUUUCAUUACAUAAAUUCUUUAGGCACAGAGAUAUAAGGAGAAAAAUACUAGUAACCAUUUCCCACAACUUCAUAGACCAAGAAACAGUAAAUGUCUUUCCUUUCCACUUUUACCUUGUGUUCCUUGAACAUCAUUUGUGUGUAUUUGCCCUCAAUGAGGACCAAAUAAAGAUGAUUUUUGUGCUUAGCGGUUUAAGGUUUGUGACUGCAUAUGCAAAACCUCUCCCAAUUCAGUCAUCACAUCUACAUCUGUCCCUUCUAUCCCAUCUCCAUCUGGUGUGUACAGUGCUGUGUGUAAACUUACCAGUGUUGUUUUUUUCCCCCUAUAUCAGUCAUGAAAGUCCUGUUAGGUAUCCAGAGUUCUAUUUAUCUAGCUGUACAGACUAUUUCAGAGAUUUAAUGUGUUGCUUCCGAUGUGCCACCUGCAGUAGUGGAUCAUGUGGAGUGAAAGGCAAAUCUUACUGCUUAAUGUAUAAACUCUCACCCGGGAAGCAUUGCUGUUUCCAAUAAAUAUUGCUGAAAA